UCACAAAGCAGCAACGUUUUUCAGCCAGCCCUAUUCCACCAGGCUUUCUCUCACCCCCGCUCUCAUUGUCUCUCUUGCAUCGACCAUAAUUCUCCCUGGGAUCCCCCCGCAACUUUCCGGUGCUUCCCCCUGUGAACAACCAGGACUGCUGCUUCUCCAGGUGCAGCCCCUGCUAGGUGCGCUGGCCCGGGGGCUUUCUGCCCCGGUGGGGAGGAAGGCAGAGGGCGGAUCCCGCUGUUCUGCAAGAGGAGAGGAGCUGAGCUGAGCUGAGCUCAUUCCAGUCGGCAGCGCCGUCAGCUGAUGCAGAGGGGGUCCUCUAGCCUCUUCCCCCCUCUCCCAAGUGGAUUAAAACUCUUGCCGCUGAGUUUCUGGGUCAGGAGGAUUAUUCCAGGGGAUGUGGGCUUGGUGAAUCAUUUCAGCCACAGACUGGAUUCAACUUGGGCCAGCGGCUCCUCCCCACAAAAAGGAUGGCUUCCAAUUUUAAUGACAUAGUGAAGCAAGGGUAUGUAAAGAUUAGGAGCAGACGUUUAGGUAUUUAUCAGAGAUGCUGGUUAGUAUUCAAGAAAGCUUCAAGCAAAGGGCCUAAACGACUGGAGAAGUUUUCAGAUGAGCGUGCUGCCUAUUUUAGGUGCUAUCACAAGGUCACGGAACUCAAUAAUGUGAAGAAUAUAUUACGAUUGCCAAAAAGCACGAAGAAACAUGCUGUAGGCAUUUAUUUUAAUGACGACACGUCCAAAACCUUUGCUUGUGAAUCAGAUUUUCUGGGCAUUUAUACAGAACUCGAGGCGGAUGAGUGGUGCAAAGUGCUGCAGAUGGAAUGCCUAGGAACUCAGAUUAAUGACAUAAGCCUUGGAGAGCCUGACUUGUUGGCAUCUGGUGUAGAAAGGGAGCAGAGAGAGAGAUUCAAUGUGUAUUUAAUGCCAUCCCCUAAUUUAGAGGUGCAUGGGGAAUGUACCUUGCAGAUAACAUUUGAGCAUAUCUGUCUUUGGGAUAUCCAGAAUCCCAGAGUAAAACUCAUCUCUUGGCCAUUAAGUGCCCUCCGGCGGUAUGGACGAGACCCAACUUGGUUUACGUUUGAAGCAGGGAGGAUGUGUGACACUGGGGAAGGACUAUUCAUCUUUCAGACAAGAGAUGGGGAGGCGAUCUAUCAGAAGGUUCACUCAGCUGCUUUGGCCAUAGCAGAACAACAUGAGCGCUUAUUACAGAGUGUGAAAAAUUCAGUGCUUCAAAUGAAAAUGAGUGAGCGAGCCGUCUCCCUCAACACCAUAGUGCCCUUGCCUCGGAGUGCCUACUGGCAGCACAUUACACGGCAACACAGUACGGGCCAGCUCUACGGCCUACAAGAUGUUUCAAGCCCCCUGAAGCUUCAUCGAACAGACACUUUCCCCACUUACAGAUCAGAGCAUUGAUAAAAGACUGUAAAGGAUUUGAAAACUCUCUCUGUCUUGUGACAGCUUGGCCCAGCGGAUAAUAAUGAUGACGGCAAGCAAACAAAGGUGGAAAUACAGAAAAAGUCAGCUUGGAUUGAAUUAAGUCCUUGAAUAAUUUUUUUUUUUAACCUUGGCAAGAAAGGAAUGUGUUCUGUAGAUAUUAAAAAAAAUGCCAAACCAACGAUCACACGUUUAUUUAAUAUUUUACACCUGAAGGGGACAGAAAUCAGCCCCUAAAUGUUCCUGAAUGUUUUUAUAUGAUAGAUAUAUGUUGCAAAUAUAUGAAUUUGUCUUAUGAUGUGGGGUACUGUGAUACCACUUAGUCUGUUUCCGCAGUGUGUUUGUUGAUGUCAGCUGUGCCAGCAAUCUCAUGGUUCCUGUUUGUUGUAACUCUUACCCUUUAGUUGCUAACAUUAUUGGUUAAGACUAACCUUUGACCAUAGUACUUUCAGAAAUGAUGGCCAGCUUUAAGCAGCAAUUGGAUCUGUUUUUCCUGUGCUAAGUCUCCUUGAGUCCUGAUAGACUUUUAAAAGGACACUGUCAAAGUUUCUUCAAUUUUUCCAUGUUUAUUUCCAACUCUGUGGUGUUUAAAAAUAAAACUUUUCCCCCCACCAA